AUGGCGGCCAUCCUGCCGCAACGCGCCAUCCCGUAUCUUGUGCUAGCCGGCGCAUUUCUGUAUAACCUUAAUAUAGGAAUCAUCAACUCCUAUGGUAACCUUAACAUCUACCUGACCUCUUACCUAAGACACAAAGGCCAAAAUGUAACCUACAGAGAUGUGUCUUUUAUAUACGAGCUGACAGUAAUCACACUGGGGGUAUCCAUGUUGAUUGGAAAUGUGGUGCAGAAGAAAUUAGGAGAAAGAGUAACCAUAUUGGUUUGCUCUUUCACGACUUUUAUUUCCUUCUAUUUGUCCUCAGUAUAUGCCCACUCAUACUUGAUGUUGUGUCUGUUCAUGGGGGGGCUGUACGGAUUGGGCUAUGGAAUCAGCUUCACCAUUCCGCUUUCAUGUACAUACAAGCAUUUUAAAAAGAAUCGAGGAUUGGUUAGUGGUAUUGUCAUCUCUGCAAUAUCCUUGAGUCCAUUUUUGUAUUGCCCACUACAGACUCUGCUUAUAAAUAGGAACAAUGUUCUGCCAGUGGAGAGUAGUGGAGGUAGCAGUGGUGGACCGAGGGAACGGUACUUUGAAGACCCCCAUGUGCUUGGCAGAAUUCCUCAUGUGCUCUUUGUACAGUCUGUGAUUUUUCUAAUUUUUGGCACAUGUGGUGCUUUUUUCGCAACGAUGGAAGUAAGGGGGGAUGGAGAAAAACUGCUUACCAGUGGUAAUCUCGAUGUAGGCAACAAAAAGAGCAAACACCUGGAUGAACAGGACAAGAGCCUCCUUGAUAUAGAGAGGAAUGACGACCAGAUGGGAAUAACUACGGACAAGAACAAGGGGAAUCAAGAUGAUGGAACAAAUGAAGGAGAUAACUUGGGGUCUCGACUAGCCAAAUCUUUUAAAAAAAAAAAAAAAAAAAAAAUGGGCGCGGGCAUAAAUGACGAAGACGGAGAAGGCAUUCUAAAUGGGAAAAAGAAAAAAAAAAAAAAAAAAACUUUCACCCGUUUCUUCCUCAAUAUGUUAAACGUAAAUACAACUAUAUUUUCAGAUAAUAAUGUUCAAAAGUAUUACAACAAAAGGUGCACAGAAGACGUUUUUUUUUUUUUUUUAUGGCUAUCUGUCGUGUUAUUUAAUUCCUAUAUAAAUUUUGUUAUUAUGUAUUGGAAAAUCAUUGGCAUCACUUAUACCUCCAUGGAAGAUAAAUUCAUUACCCUCAAUGGCAGUUUCAUUAACAGCAUGGCCAACAUCGCAGGGCGCCUAAUAUGGGGAUCCAUAUAUGACAAGCUACAAGUUCACGUGACUGUAACUUUGCUAGGGACUUGCAUAUGCUGUGCGUGUUUCCUCCUUCCAGCCAUUUCGCACAUAUACAUUUUGUAUGCUUUUACGUGUGCCCUUUUUUACUUCUGCAUCGGAGGAAGCCUUGUCACCAUCCCCAUCAUCACCCUCAAAAAGUAUGGCGAAUUGCACUUCCCCCUGAAUAUGUCUAUUCUGUACACCACACGCAUUGCUAACACUUUUCUCUGCAGUGUGGUCGUCCGUCUUUUUUAUAGCUUGUUCACUCUGCGAUGCCUGAGCUCGGCCUUCGGCCUCAUUUCGCUUGCCGCCACCGUUGUGAUGUUCUUCCUUACGCAGUCGUAG